UUUAGUGAGAUGAGUGUUAAGUGUUGAGGGAAAUAUGAUCAUUAUAUAUAUUGAUAUCAUAUUGUUGUCUAUUUUGCUUCUAUUAAUUUUGUUGACAUGCGGUUAUUCUGUGUACCGUGUGCAUAGACUACAACAGAAUGGACAGGUUGCUAUACUGCUAAGACCUACAAAAGUGCUGUUUUCUCAUAAAAAGGAGGGAGAAACCAAUGACCAACUGAGAACUGUAGUGGCGUACCAGAACCCGUUUACUGGGGACUAUUGCGUGCACAAGAGCCGGGAGCCGAAAGGUUACGUCAAUUCAAUUGAACCAGACUCUCCUGACAGCGGAGUUUCUGAUGAUCAAUAUGAACCCCUGAAUCUGGUGCCACCGUGUCUACCUUCGAGGGAUACGCAAGGACUACCUAUGCAAACACCUACACAGUAUCGGGAGACAUUCAAGCCUUCAUCUACGAGUAUGACGCCGGUAUAUGAUAACACUCUAAAUAAAACAUGGAAAUGGAAUUACACUGAGUACCAAAUUUAA